AUGAAGCUGCUCUCUCUUCUUUUCGCCUCGGCGAGCGUUGUCCAAGCUGCCUUGAAAUGGCAGAAUGUCCGUAUGGGCGGUGGCGGUGGCUUCGCACCUGGCAUUGAAUUUCAUCCUACUGCUAAGGGUGUCGCGUACGCCAGAACAGAUAUUGGAGGAUUGUAUCGUCUCAACCCGGACGACUCUUGGACUCCUGUUCUCACUGCCGUUGGCAUGUACACAAGCAACUGGGACCCCAACAAUGGAGCCAUCGGAAUCAGCAACGACAAAGGCGCGACAUGGUCCUUCACCGAACUGCCCUUCAAAGUCGGCGGUAACAUGCCUGGUCGUGGAAUGGGUGAAAGACUCGCUGUUGACCCCAAGAACUCCAAGGUCAUCUACUUCGGUGCCCGAAGCGGAAAAGGUCUUUGGAGAAGCACAGACGCCGGCAAGAGUUUCUCAAAGGUCGAUUCGUUCACCAACGUGGGCACUUAUGUCCCCGACCCCAGUGAUAGCUCUGGAUACAACAGCGACAAUCAAGGUUUGGCCUUUGUCACUUUCGACUCUACUUCUUCCUUGAUCAACGGCGCCUCGUCAAGAAUCUUUGUCGGUGUGGCGGAUAAGAAGACUGCUUCUGUCUACGUUACUACCGAUGCUGGUAAGACGUGGAAGCCAGUUGCUGGUCAGCCUAAGGAAUUUCUCCCUCACAAAUGCCAGUUUGAGGCGAAGGAAAAGGCCUUGUAUCUAUCUUACAGUGAUGGAGCGGGACCUUACGAUGGCACUCUCGGUGCAGUGUACCGCUAUGACAUUGCGGCAGACUCAUGGAAGAACAUCACACCACCUGGAAACAUCUACCACGGCUUCGGUGGCCUAGCUCUUGACAAGAAGAAGCCUGGAACACUCAUGGUCGCGGCGCUGAACUCUUGGUACCCCGACGUCCAAUUCUUCCGAUCUACAGACUCGGGUAAAACAUGGUCUACUAUUUGGAACUACAACGCCCAGGGUAACCUGGACUACCACUACAGCAUCUCCACACCAAAAGCGCCCUGGAUCUACAAGAACUUUAUUUCUGUUGAUACCAAGCGCUUGGGCUGGAUGGUCGAGGCUUUGACUAUUGAUCCCUUUGACAGCAACCACUGGUUAUACGCUACUGGUCUGACAGUCUACGGCGGACAUGAUCUUACCAAGUGGGAUACUGAGCAUAACGUCACCAUUGAGUCUUUGGCAGAUGGCAUCGAGGAGUUUGCUGUGUUGGACGUCAAGUCUGCUCCUGGCGGUAGCGAACUUUUCGCUGCUGUAGGUGAUGACAGUGGUUUCACCUUUGCUAGCAAGGGUGUACUUAACAAGUCACCUCAGUCUGCUUGGGAUAACCCCAUGUUUACAACCUCGGUCAGCGUUGACUACGCUGGUAACAAGGUCGGCAAUGUUGUUCGAGCAGGUAACACUGAUGGUGAAGCUCCUCAAGCCGCUCUGUCCACUGAUGGAGGUAAAUCAUGGAAGGCUCACAGUGGUACUGCCGCUUCUCAGGCCGGUGGCUCUAUCGCUUUGUCUGCUGAUGGAGAUGUUGUUGUUUGGUCAACUGAGAAGAAGGGCGUAUUGAGAUCUGAGAAAGAAGCGUCCUUCUCUUCGGUGUCUAGCCUUCCAUCUGGAUCGCUCGUCGCCAGUGACAAGCGCGACAAUGACUUCUUCUACGGCGCCUCAGGAUCAACAUUCUACGUCUCCAACAACACUGCAUCCACCUUCUCCAAAGCCGGCUCCCUAGCAUCAGCAAGUUCCAUCCGUGACAUUGCAGCACACCCAACAAAGGCUGGCGAACUCUGGGUCUCCACCGACGUCGGCAUUUUCCGCAGCACCAACUUUGCCGAGACCUUCACCAAGAUUGGGUCUUCUUUGACUAAGACGGAGCAGAUUGCUCUUGGUCGCGGUGCUGGAAGCAAUUGGAACGUGUACGCUUUUGGUACGGGAUCUGCUGGACGAAAGCUGUAUGGUAGCUCUGAUAUGGGCAAGACGUGGACUGAUCUUCAAGGGUCUAUGGGCUUUGGAUCUAUCGAUGGUGCUAAAUUGGCUGGUAGCGGAAAUGAAGCUGGAAUGGUGUAUGUUGGUACAAAUGGUCGUGGUGUAUUCUGGGGACAAGGGGCGAUCUAA